AUGAGAAUGGACUUCCCGUAUCUCAGAUUCUUGAACGGCCGUCCGUUCGAAUACCAAAACAAAUUCCCCGUCAUGUAUACCCCACACUUCUUAACUAUUCAACCGGGAAGCAUCCUUUCUAUUCAGAACUAUAACGAAAUCAAAAGAUACUUCACCGAGUUCUUUGCGAAACAAGACACUAAACAAUCAAUAAUGGGAUAUUACUUGGACACUUGCACACUCUCCGUAUCAAAUCAUGGAGUUACCCUUGACGAGGAAAUGCAGAACGCAGUGAGAAAUUUGAAGAACCCCUUGGAAGACAUGAACGAGUACAGUAAACGUAUAAUGAUUGGACAUCGCAUUGAACGGUUCUAUAAGAGUCUCACAACAAAGCACUCCUUUGAAAAAAUGACAUUUGACUACAUGACAGUGGGUGACGGGGAUGGUCGGUUGAUGAACAUCUUAUUCAGUGGGCAAUUUGAACUCUUUGGAAGAGACACGUCGUUUUAUAGAACGUUUCUAUUGAGGAACUACUCAUAUAUGACUACAGAGAGGGAAGUCGGCAGUAAUGUACCGAUUCAAGUCCCUCACACACAAAUUAAAAUCAUCGCAGAACACUUACAUGUAACAAAUGGGUUGAUGCCCGCAGCUGUCCCAGCAACAAUCGAUAUGUUAAACAACAUCAAUGAAAUCAGCAGCCAAUUGAAAAAGGAAGACCCCGAACUGAUUUAUAUGAUCGGGAAACCAGUAGGACACAAUGUAGAAAUGACUAAGUCGAUGCUUGGAACGUACCACUUUGUCAAAAUCAAUGGAAAGUACAAUGACGCGGAAACACUCGAAAUGUGCAAAAAGGUCAAAUACAACUUGGGGGAAUUCAUGCAGCAGAAAUUUGAGGAAAGCGUCCAAAUCGACGAACACAAAAAACCAACAGGAGUCACACCAGAACAAGGGCAACUCCUCUUUUGGGCGUAUUUGGAACAACAAAAUGGACAACUCCCACACCAACAACAACUACUAAAUGGGCAAGAACUCCUUCAACAACAGAAAUUCUGUCCUCAAACCGCUUUCUUCCAACAACGACAACAAUCAAACACACAAUCUACCCAAACAACCUUAAACAACACCUCUCUAAUGGAAGUCGAAUAA